AUGGCCGAGUCGGAGGAGCAGGCAUCGGUUCAGCCGGAGCAGGAGGUCCAACAUGAAGACAUCAAGAGCCCGGAAGAGCCUAUAGAGGAGACGAAGGAUAGCUAUGAGCAGAUCGCUACCGAUGCGCAGAACGGCGAGCAUCAAGAUGUAGACGAUGGAGUUCCGGAAGAAGCAGCAAGUCCGGAGGAAGCACCACCUCCCCCAGCGAAGGACAGCGAGGAUGGCAGACAUAUAGAAGAGCCUGUGAGCUCUCUGCCAGCCUCGACGAUUCCGCAGACCCCACCACAAGAGACCCCGCCCCCUGUACCCGCGCCGGAUACGCCAAGGACCCUCCCCAGCCGGCCUCGGACAGACUCGCAGUCAACGACGGCCACGAAUGCUACACGAAACACCGCCCGAAGCACACGGUCGAGUAUGGUCUUCGUCGUCCAAGCGCUCGAAUCGAUAGCUGCGUCUAAGGAUGCAAGGAAGCGAAAAGCGCUUGCAGACAGCACACAGAGAGCCCUGUCCGCUAUACGCAGCGCACAAGGAGACGCAUCGCAGAUCAACCCGGAGGUCCUAUUCGAGCCUCUCAACCUUGCUACGGAAGCUUCGACGGUCACGGUGGUGAUUACUGCGCUGGACUGUAUAGGCAAGCUGAUCAGCUACUCCUACUUCUCCGCUCCUCCUCCAGCAGCAGAACCUCCACGGCAAUCAGCAGAUGGCGCACUUCCCCCGCCUCAGCAGCGGCAGCAAGCGCCUCUCAUCGAGCGAGCCAUCGACACAAUAUGCGACUGCUUUCAAGGAGAAGCGACGCCUUCGGAGGUGCAGAUGCAGAUCAUCAAGAGCUUGUUGGCGGCCAUCCUGAACGACAAGAUUAUUGUGCAUGGUGCCGGACUACUUAAGAGUGUGCGGCAAACGUACAAUAUCUUCUUGUUGUCGAAGAGUUCUGCGAACCAGCAGAUUGCGCAAGGGACAUUGACGCAGAUGGUCGGGACGGUGUUCGAACGGGUCAAGACACGGUUAGGUGCACAGACCGUGAGGAUGAACAGUUCGAAGUCGAGUCUAGAAGCAGCUGCAUCAACGAAUGGAGACCAUGAUGCCGGUGUCAAUGGGACCUCAACGCCAGCUGAAGGGGACGAAACACCCACUGUCGCCGACGGCGAAUCAGAAACUGCGGCAGAGAACGACGGCGAUUCGAAGCAGAAAAUGACGCUGCAGACUUUCGAGACUCGGAAAUCAUUCGAUGACACCAAGCUCACCGACACCGCGCCGACCACAGUCACCAGAACAGGACGACCAUCGAGAAGCGCACAGCAAGGCUCCCGUAACACCUCUGGCCACGACAUCCCGGCGAUCACCGUUCAGAACGGCGAGAUACCUGAUAGCGUCAUCUCGGAAGACGACGAAGAGGACGAAAUCUAUGUCAAAGAUGCCUUCCUUGUCUUCCGUGCGAUGUGCAAGCUGUCGACCAAGCCUCUGAGGAAGGAAGAUGCUGUCGACAUCAAAAGUCAGGGCAUGCGUAGCAAGCUGCUGAGCUUACACAUCAUCCACACUGUUCUCUUCAACCACUCCAUCGUAUUCACGAGCCCGCACGCCACGAUCAAGAGUUCUGGAUCUGGCGAACCCACCGGAUUCACGCAAGCUAUCAAACAAUAUCUCUGCCUCAGCUUGAGCCGGAAUGGCGCCAGUUCGGUGCAGCGAGUCUUCGAAGUUGCAGCUGAGAUCUUCUCGCUCAUGCUCCGCCAUCUCCGCGCCCAGCUCAAACGAGAGCUCGAGGUGUUCUUGAAGGAGAUAUACCUCGCCAUCCUGGACAAGCGAGCUGCACCGAACUGGCAAAAGCAGUACAUCGUCUCACACAUCUUCGCCUAUCUGGGCUCGGAUCCGAAAGUACUGGUUGAGAUAUACUUGAAUUACGAUUGCGAUCGGAAUGCACUGGACAACAUGUAUCAACGCAUCAUUGAGCAUCCGGCUCAGGUCAAUGGGUUGCAGCAACAAGCGUAUCAGGAUCAUGUUGCUUCGAAAAAAGAUCAGACAGCUUCUGGUGGCUCAGACUGGAGAGAAAGAGGCACACUUCCACCAAGCCUCGCGACGGCGAAUAUGGGUGGCAGUAGCGCGACGCAGGCCAUGUUCCAGGACGAGGGCUUUCCAUUGGAGUAUGCGAUGAAGAUGCAGGCUCUUGAAUGCCUGGUCGAAGUCUUGCGCAGUCUGGUAAGAUGGGGCCAGCAAGGCAUGGCUUCCGCUGCAGCGGCAGAGAGCUCGCUCGCUGCUGGUGAUAUGGAAGGCAGAGGAAGCUCAGAAGAGCUGCGCGAGUCGAUAGAUACGCGUGGCGGCGAGAUGGUCGGCACACCAACGACCACUGAUGGCUCAACUCUAGCCUCAGGCAACUCCUACUUCACCGGGACGGUCCCGGAUACGCCAGUCGUCGAAGAUGAUCCAGCGGAGCUCGAGAAAGUGAAGGCGCGGAAAACAGCCCUGAACAACGCCAUCCGCCAGUUCAACUUCAAGCCUAAACGAGGCAUCAAACUGCUCAUUAGCGACGGCUUCAUCCCGUCUUCAGAUCCGCGAGAUAUCGGCCGUUUCCUCAUCUCCAACGACCGCCUGAAUAAGAAAGCUCUUGGCGAGUUUCUCGGCGAAGGUGAUGACGAGAACAUCAAGAUCAUGCACGCUUUCGUGGACAGCAUGGAAUUUGCGCGUACUCGCUUUGUAGAUGCUCUGCGAAAGUUUCUGCAGUCUUUCCGUUUACCAGGCGAAGCGCAGAAGAUUGAUCGUCUCAUGCUCAAGUUCGCCGAGCGGUACACGAGCGGCAAUCCUAAUGCGUUCGCCAACGCCGAUACUGCGUACGUGCUGAGCUACAGCGUCAUCAUGCUCAACACCGACCAGCAUUCUGCGCAGGUGAAGAAUCGCAUGACCGUGGAGGACUUCAUCAAGAACAACCGCGGCAUCAACGAUAACGCCAACUUGCCUGAUGAGUACUUGCAGGGCAUCUACAACGAAAUCCGCGAGCACGAGAUUGUGCUCGACACGGAGCGCGAGACGGAAGCCAACCUUCGUGGCGCUGUGCCUGCGAACGAUCGACAGGGUGGGCUAGCAAGUGUUGUCGGAAAUCUUGGGCGUGACCUGCAACGGGAAGCGUACGCCGCUGCGAGCGAGGAGAUGAGCAAUCGUACCGAACAGCUUUUUCGCAGCUUACUGCGGGCGCAGAAGCGAGGUGGCAUCGUUACCGGCCUCGGUGGUCCUGCUGUUGGCAAAGCAUCGUUCCUAACUGCUUCGUCGUUCAGGCACAUUGGUCCGAUGUUCGAGGUCACUUGGAUGGGCUUCUUGACUGCGCUAUCCGGUUCAGCGCAGGAGACGCAGAACCUGGAGACGAUCAGGCUGUGCAUGGAAGGGCAGAAGUUGGCGAUCCGGAUCGCUUGCUUGUUCGACUUGCAAGACCCACGGCAGGCUUUUGUGGGCAGUUUGGCAAGAAGCACGAAUCUUUACAAUCUUGUCGAGAUGAAAGCAAAGAACGUCGAGGCGCUGAAGGCUCUACUGGAGGUUGCACAGACAGAGGGCAACCUGCUCAAAGAGAGCUGGAGAGACGUGCUAACCUGCGUGAGUCAACUAGAUCGGUUCCAGCUGAUCAGUAGUGGUGUCGAAGAAGGCGCCGUCCCAGAUGUCAUGCGCAGCCAGACCAUGGGUCAUGGCGGACAAACACCAUCACGGAAGAGCAUGCAAGUGCCACGCCGCCCUACGAGUCGAGCACCUGGCUCUUCAGCCUCUGGCAAUUACCAACUCGACAUUGCUGAAGAGUCACGCAGCGCGGACAUGAUACGAGGCGUUGAUCGCAUCUUCACCAAUACGGCGAAUUUGUCAGGCGAAGCGAUCGUGCAUUUUGUCCGCGCACUUACGCAAGUCAGCUGGCAGGAGAUCCAGAGUUCUGGCCAAAGCGAUUCGCCUCGCACAUACUCCCUGCAGAAGCUGGUCGAAAUUUCUGGGUACAACAUGCUGCGUGUCCGCUUCGAGUGGACGAAUAUCUGGCAGGUUCUCGGCCAGCACUUCAUCGACGUGGGAUGUCACAACAAUACGCAUGUGGUCUACUUUGCGCUCAACAGCCUGCGACAGCUAAGUAUGCGGUUCAUGGAGAUUGAAGAACUGCCUGGAUUCAAGUUCCAGAAGGACUUCUUGAAGCCCUUCGAGCUGAUUCUGGGCACAGCGACUCAAGUCGCAGUCAAGGAUAUGGUGCUGCGGUGUCUAAUCCAGAUGAUACAGGCGCGAGGUGACAUGAUCCGCAGCGGAUGGCGGACAAUGUUCGGCGUCUUCACUGUGGCAGCCAAGGAGCCGUACGAGAGCAUCGUCAACCUGGCUUUCGACAACGUGACGCAAGUCUACAACGACCGCUUCGGAGUAGUGAUCAGCCAAGGCGCGUUUGCGGAUCUGGUGGUAUGUCUGACGGAGUUCAGCAAGAACAUGAAGUUUCAGAAGAAGAGCCUGCAGGCCAUCGAGACCCUGCGGAGCAGUGUGCCGAAGAUGCUGAGGACGCCCGAGUGCCCACUGUCGCAGCGCGCCGCUGGUGAGAAAGAGAAGCCUCAAGCGGAAGGCAUGCCCAAGCAGCCAAGUCGGCAGACGCAAGAGGAGCAGUUCUGGUUCCCGGUGCUGUUCGCUUUCCACGACGUGCUGAUGACGGGCGAGGACCUGGAAGUGCGGUCGCGAGCACUGAACUACCUCUUUGACACGCUGACGAAGUAUGGCGGCGACUUCCCGCGGGACUUUUGGGACACGCUUUGGCGCCAGCUCCUGUACCCGAUCUUCAUGGUGCUCAAAGACCGCAAGGCUCUCAACCAGGACGCCAUCAACCAUGAGGAACUUUCCGUCUGGCUGAGCACGACGCUGAUCCAGGCGUUGCGGAACAUGAUCUCGCUGUUCACACACUUCUUCGAGAGCCUGGAGUACAUGCUCGAUCGCUUCUUGGAUCUGCUGGCGUUGUGUAUAUGCCAGGAGAACGAUACGUUGGCGAGGAUUGGCAGUAACUGUCUACAGCAGCUGAUCCUGCAAAAUGUGAAGAAGUUCAGCCCAGAGCACUGGGAGAAGAUUGUGGGUGCUUUUGUGGAUCUGUUCGCCAGGACAGAAGCAAGGGAGUUAUUCUCGGCGGCGACUAAUAGUGCGUAUGAGAGGCGAGGCAGCUCGUACGGCAACGGAAAUGGGAAUGGGGCAGCAGAAACGCCAAAGACUGCUUCGGUGAUGACUGGGCAUGAUGCGCCCUCGGCGAGCAAUGCGCUGAGGAUUAACGGCUUGCCUCAAGAGAGCUCGGCGGAAGUCUCGACCGUCAAUGGCGACAGCAGACCACCCACUCUUCGAACCGAAGACUCCAACUCACUCAGCAUGUCCGACGAAACCAGCCCUUCCCGCGCCCCGCCCACCACCAACACCAAACCCUCCGAUCUCGAAGACUUCGCCUCCGCCCCUGCCUCUCAACACCAAGCCCCCAUCAUCGUCACCGCCGCCCGCCGCCGCUACUUCAACCAGAUCAUCACCAAAUGCGUCCUCCAACUCCUGAUGAUCGAGACUGUCUCCGAACUCUUCAACAACGACGCCGUCUACGCCUCUAUCCCCUCGCCCUUGCUGCUCCGUCUCAUGGCUCUGCUGAAGAAGAGCUACCACUUCGCCAAACGCUUCAACGACGACCGCGACCUGCGCACUCGACUGUUCAGGGAGGGGUUCAUGAAACAACCCCCGAAUCUCUUGAAGCAGGAAUCCGGCUCUGCGUCUGUCUAUGUCCUCAUCUUGUUGAGGAUGUACGCCGAUACGUCCUCCGAUCGCGCCGCCUCGCGUCCCGAAACCGAAGCAGCGCUCAUCCCCCUCUGCACCGACAUCCUCACCUCCUUCGUCAGUCUGGACGAAGAAACCCAACAGCGCAACAUCGCCACUUGGCGCCCCGUGGUCGUCGACGUGCUCGAAGGCUAUACCUCCGGCUUCCCAGCUGAAGACUUCGCACGGCACGUGGAGACUUUCGCUCCGUUGGCCGUCGGGUUGAUGGGGCGGGAGAUGGGAGGGGAAUUGCAGAAGGCGGUGCAGGGGUUUUGGGGGAGGGUGUGUGAGGUCAAUUUGGGGUUGGGGAAGAUGGAGAUUGGGGGGCCCACGCCUGUGAGUCCGAGGGCCAGCAGUGGUGUAUUUGGUGGAAGGAGGGGGAGUAGAGCCGCCAGAUGA